AUGGAACAUAUAUAUCAAUAUUCAUGGAUCAUACCUUUCGUUACGUUCACCGUGCCUAUAUUAAUAGGAGCGGGACUCCUACUUUUUCCGGCAGCAACAAAAAAACUUCGUCGUAUAUGGGUUUUUCCAAGCGUUUUAUUGUUAAAUAUAGUCAUGAUUUUUUCAAUCGAUCUGUCUAUUCAGCAAAUAAAUAGCAGUUUUUUAUAUCAAUAUAUAUGGUCGUGGACUAUCAAUAAUGAUUUUUCUUUAGAGUUCGGAUACUUGAUUGACCCACUUACUUCUAUUUUGUCAGUAUUAAUUACUACAGUUGGAAUUUUGGUUCUUUUUUAUAGUGAUAAUUAUAUGUCUCAUGAUCAAGGCUAUUUGAGAUUUUUUGCUUAUAUGAGUUUUUUCAAUACUUCAAUGUUGGGAUUAGUUACUAGUUCUAAUUUGAUACAAAUUUAUAUUUUUUGGGAAUUGGUUGGAAUGUGUUCUUAUCUAUUAAUAGGUUUUUGGUUCACACGACCUAUUGCAUCAAACGCUUGUCAAAAAGCGUUUGUAACUAAUCGUGUAGGGGAUUUUGGUUUAUUAUUAGGAAUUUUAGGUCUUUAUUGGAUAACAGGCAGUUUCGAAUUUCGGGAUUUGUUCAAAAUAUUCAAUAACUUGAUUUCUAAUAAUCAGGUUAAUCUUUUAUUUGUUACUUUGUGUGCCUUUCUAUUAUUUUCCGGUGCAAUUGCGAAAUCGGCGCAAUUUCCUCUUCAUGUAUGGUUACCGGAUGCCAUGGAAGGGCCUACUCCUAUUUCGGCUCUGAUACAUGCUGCUACUAUGGUAGCGGCGGGGAUUUUUCUUAUAGCUCGACUUUUUCCUCUUUUUGUAGUCACACCUUACAUAAUGAAUCUAAUCGCUUUGAUAGGUAUAAUAACAGUAUUUUUAGGAGCUACUUUAGCUCUUGCUCAAAAAGAUAUUAAGAGAAGUUUAGCCUAUUCUACAAUGUCUCAAUUGGGUUAUAUGAUGUUAGCUCUAGGUAUGGGGUCUUAUCGAGUCGCUUUAUUUCAUUUGAUUACUCAUGCCUAUUCGAAGGCAUUGUUGUUUUUAGGAUCUGGAUCGAUUAUUCAUUCAAUGGAAGCUAUUGUUGGUUAUUCUCCAGAUAAGAGUCAAAAUAUGGUUCUGAUGGGUGGUUUAACAAAACAUAUUCCAAUUACAAAAACUGCUUUUUUAUUAGGAACACUUUCCCUUUGUGGUAUUCCACCUUUCGCCUGUUUUUGGUCCAAAGAUGAGAUUCUUAAUGAUAGUUGGUUGUAUUCACCUAUUUUUGCAAUAAUAGCUUGUUUCACAGCAGGAUUAACUGCAUUUUAUAUGUUUCGGGUUUAUUUACUUACUUUUGAAGGACAUUUAAAUGUUCAUUUUCAAAAUUACAAAAACAGUUCAUUUUAUUCAAUCUCUUUAUGGGGUAAAGAAGAAUCUAAAAUGCUUAACAACAAUUUUCGUUUAUUAGCUUUAUCAGCAAUGAAUAAUAAUGAAAGGACUUCUUUUUUUUGGAGGAACACAUAUCAAAUUGGCGGUAAUUUAAGAAAUAUGACAUGGCCUUUUAUUACUAUUAAAAAUUUUAAUACUAAAAGGGUUUUUUCCUAUCCCCAUGAAUCGGAUAAUACUAUGUUACUUCCUAUGCUUGUUUUGGUACUAUUUACUUUAUUUGUUGGAGCCAUAGGAAUUCCCUUCAAUCAAUUCAAUGAAGAAGGAAUGCAGUUGGAUAUUUUGUCAAAACUUUUAACUCCGUCUUUAAACCUUUUGUACCAAAACCAAAGUGAGUCUGUGGAUUGGUAUGAAUUUGUAACAAAUGCCAUUUUUUCGGUCAGUAUAGCUUUUUUCGGAAUAUUUAUAGCGUCCUUUUUAUAUAAGCCCGUUUAUUCAUCGUUACAAAAUUGGAAUUUCUUUAAUUUGUUCACUAAGUUGACUAAAAAGGGUCCUAAUAGAAUUCUUUGGGACAAAAUACUAAAUGUGAUAUAUAAUUGGUCCUAUAAUCGAGGUUACAUAGAUGCUUUUUAUGCAAUAUCUUUUAUUGGGGGUAUAAGAAAAUUGGCCGAAUUAAUUCAUUUUUUUGAUAAAAGAAUAAUUGAUGGAAUUAUCAAUGGAGUCGGUCUUACCAGUUUCUUUGUAGGAGAGGGUAUAAAAUAUGUAGGAAGUGGUCGCAUCUCUUCUUAUCUCUUAUUGUAUUUAUUUUGUGCAUUAAUCUUUUUAGUAAUUUACUACUUUUUUUCAAUUUGUAAAAUUGAAAAAAAAUUUCAAUUAUUUAUUAUAUAUUCUUUUAUUUAUUUUUUUUAUUUUACUUUAUUUAUAUUUCUUUUUUUUUUUAUUUUCUAUUUUUUUUUAUUUUCUAUUUAUAUAUAA